AUGAGGGUGAAGGUGAUAUCGCGCUCCACCGACGACUUCACGCGCGAGCGCAGCCAGGACCUGCAGAAAGUAUUCCGCAAUUAUGAUCCAGCACUCCGUAGUCAAGAGAAAGCUGUUGAGUACACUCGAGCACUUAAUGCUGCAAAGUUAGAGAAGAUAUUUGCCAGGCCAUUUAUUGGAGCAAUGGAUGGUCACAUUGAUGCUGUCUCGUGCAUGGCAAAGAACAUGAAUUAUGUGAAAGCUAUGUUUUCUGGCUCGAUGGAUGGGGAUAUUCGACUAUGGGACAUUGCUGCAAGGAAGACAGUCUGCCAGUUCCCUGGACACCAGGGUGCUGUGAGAGGUUUGGCAACGUCUACAGAUGGCGAUCUUCUGAUAUCCUGCGGUGUUGAUUGCACUGUUAGACUCUGGAAAGAUCCUAUGCGUAAGAUGAUGAACACUGAUGAUGCUAUUGGAGAUGCUUCCCAGCCGUCAGCAGUCUAUACAUGGAAGCAUGCAUUUUGGGGUGUUGACCACCAGUGGGAUCGUAAUGUUUUCGCAACUGUGGGUGCUCAGGUAGAUAUAUGGGAUCAUAACAGGUCGGAGCCAAUAAAUACCUUCGAAUGGGGUAAAGAUACAGUUCUUUCUGUGCGGUUUAAUCCUGGAGAACCUGAUGUUUUACUUACAUCAUCUAGUGAUCGGAGUUUAACACUUUUUGACCUGCGCAUGUCAUCCCCAGCUAGAAAGUUAAUCAUGAAGACAAGGUGCAAUUCAGUUUGCUGGAACCCUAGGGAGCCCAUGAACUUCACUGCUGCAAAUGAAGAUACAAACUGUUAUUCUUUUGAUUCUAGAAAGCUAAAUGAAGCCAAGGUUGUUCACAAGGGCCAUGUUUCAGCAGUGAUGGAUGUUGAUUACAACCCGACAGGACGGGAAUUUGUUACUGGUUCCUACGAUAGAACGGUACGGAUCUUCAAUUAUAACGGUGAUCAUAGCAGGGAGAUAUACCAUACUAAGAGGAUGCAGAGGGUGUUUUGUGUGAAAUACACAUAUGAUGGGACCUAUCUAGUUUCUGGCAGUGAUGAUACAAAUCUUCGACUGUGGAAGUCCAAAGCUUCAGAACAAUUGGGAGUUAUUCUUCCAAGGGAACGCAAAAAGCAAGAAUAUCAAGAUGCUGUCGUGGAGCGGUAUGGUCACCUGGCAGAAAUCAGGCGGAUCGUCAAACAUAAGCACUUGCCCAAGCCGAUCUACAAGGCAGGCAAGAUAAGGCGUGCCAUGAUUGAAGCGGAAAGCCGGAAAGAAGAAAGAAGGCGAGCGCACAGUGCUCCAGGGAGCAGGACUAUGCAGCCCUUCAGGAAGAGAAGGCUCAUCACAGAAGUUGAGUAG